CACCACUACAACACCCCACCCCACCCCACAACUCACGCGUGUCGAAAGUGCGAAUCGGAAGUCACUUCAGCCUGAAAAGAAAACGACUGCCCAGUUUGCAUUGAUUCACAGGAACGCUGCGCUCCCAAUGUCCCAACAACUUCGGGACGGUUUCCUUGCUAUUCCAGAUUGGAAAGAUUUCACCAGAAAUGACGAUGGAACUGACCGGAGAGCAGCUGAAAAUGACUGAGACACAGCUGAAAAGAUAUUUACCUCGGUCACAACAGGUUUAUGGUUUUCUGGUCCUCAGAAACAGAGUCAGAUCAGACUCUGUGAGGGUUUUAGUGGACAGAUGGCCAGAGUUCAAUGUCAUUGUCUGCAAACCACAAUACGAACAGAAGGGUGAUUGCUUCAAAGACACACUGGUUUUUGCAAAAGAUGAAGCUAUUCUUGAAGAAACCAUUAGGAAGUCCUCUGUUAUUGACUGGACCCAGUACCUUUGUCUUGGAAUCAAUCUUCGCCACUUGGAGAUAUUCAAAGCAGUGGCAUCAGAAAAAGACGUGUCCAGCAGCAAACUGGCAGUGUGUCAUAUGAUGAUACUGGAGGAUGUAUCCAACCUUCCCUCUAUAGACAGCUCCGGGAUCUCACUUAGCUCUCUGGAAGAAUCACACGUCGGCUUGGUGACUCAGAUGUGGAAGUUUGGAAAGAACGAGGGCGCGGCCAGGAUGAUCCGGAACAUGAUAGCAAACUUCCCCUCCUGCUGUGUGCUGGACGCAGAAGGAAAGCCUGUGUCCUGGAUCCUGACAUAUGCGUCAUGUGCAAUGGGCGUAUUGUACACUCUGCCAGAGCACAGAGGGAAAAGCUACGCCAAAGUCCUGGUCAGCACCAUGGCCAAGAGACUCCAUGCUCAGGGCUACCCAGUGUACUGCUUCAUAGAGGAGGAGAACGACGUCUCCUACGGGCUCUUUACCAGCCUGGGCUUCAUUGAGGACCCCUCAUACAGGGAAGCCUGGUUUGGAUUCAAUGAUUUUUUUUAAAUACCUCAAAGAAGACGCCACGUAAAAGCAUUGAAAAGGGGAAAGAUUAUAUAAAAAUGCUAGUCAGAAAUCAAGGUUAACAGGGGUAUGUUUUUACCCUCCUACUGCAUGGGAGCAUGUUAUAUUUUCAGUUUAGCUUCAGUUGCCUUAAACUGAAAUGACCUGCUACAUGGCAUUAAAGACCUCUCUUCACACAUCUCAUCUCUUUUCCACAAAAACACUUGAUGCAGGACUGGAUCUAAAAUGAAAGGAAGAAAAACUUUUAGUAGUUAUUUAUCAUCCAGAUAGCAGCUGGUGCUAGGUGUAAAUCAAAUUAAACUUGUGGUAGAGCUUCAGGUAAUGCCGAUGCACAUUAUUGAAUAUUUUUUCAAUUAAUAAUUUGGUCUAUAAAAUGUCAAAUAUAAUGAGAAACUGCCACCACAAGUAACUGCAGCCCAAAGUGAUCAUAAUCAACAUAAUCAAACUGUAUUAAUGCAUUUAUUUCUGAAUAAAAUCCAUGAUCUUGUAAAAGUUAAUGGGAAAUUUAAUUUAAUUUUUUUUCCCCCCAA